AUGGCAGCCUAUGAAAACAAAGCUUCUUUGGAGUUGAACCAAUCAAAUGAGGUGUGUGUGGAAUCACUAGCGCUGUCACUUCUUACGUCAUAUCACAGAACCGGCGUGCACCGGGAGAAGAAAGUGAAUGGCAGUGCGCGGUGUGCUCUAACACAUUCACAAACAUCAAUGCCCAGUACAAAAUGGUGGUCAACCAUAAGCGACAUAUCUACAGCCUCAAUUACUACCUCAAACAAUGAUUCUGCAGAAGGUUCAACAAUAACAGCACAAAGAACAGACACUUCAAGAACAGAACAAAACACAUUACAAACAAGCAAAUCUACAGGUACAACAGUUACAUCCAACCCAAUAUCUGAACAAAGUAUACAAACUUUAAACUCUAGCACCAGCGAAGUAAGAACAGACAAUAUGACCACAUCUGUGUAUCAAGAAAGCACUGGAUUAUUAUUAUCUACAAUAUCUGACAUAACUACAAGAGCUGAAACAACAUCAAGUGCAGCAACUGACACAAGUACUAACACCACAACCAGUGCAAUAACUGACACAAGUGCUGAAACCACAUCCAGUGCAACAAAUGACAAGGGUGCAAUAACUGGAACAAGUUCUGAAACCAAAACCAGUGCAACAACUGACACAAGUGCUGAAACCACAUCAAGUUCAAGUACUGGAACAAGUACUGAAACUAAAACCAGUGCAACAACUAACACAAGUGCUGAACCCACAUCAGGUUCAACAACUGAGACAAGUACUGAAAGCACAUCAAGUGCAAUAACUAAACAAAGUACUGACAGUACAACCAGCGCAACAACUGUGGCAAGUUCUAAACCCACAUUCAGCACAACAACGGAGACAAGUGAUGGACCCACAUCCAGUGCAACAACUGAGACAAGUGCUGGAAACACAACAAGUGCAAUAACUGGAACAAGUACUAACACCACAAAUAGUGCAACAACUGUGACAAGUUCUGAAACCACAUCCAGUACAACAACUGACACAACUGCUAAAAGCACAUCCAUUGCAACAAGUGACACAGGUGCAAUAACUGGAGCAAGUACUGAAGCAAAAAUCAGUGCAAGAACUGACACAAGUGCUGAACCUACAUCCAGUGCAACAACUGAGGGAAGUGCUAGAGCCACAAGUGCAGAAACUGGAACAAGUACUGACAACACAACCAGUGCAACAACUGUGACACAUUCUGGAACCACAUCCACUGCAACUUGGACAAGUGCUCAACCCACAUCAAGUGCAGCAACUAUGACAAGUUCUGAAACCACAUUAAGUGCAACAACUGACACAAGUGCUGGAACCACAUCUGCUGCAACAACUGAGACAAGUGCUGGAACUACAUCUGCUGCAAUAACUGGAACAAGUACUGACACCACAACCAGUGCAAAAACUGUUACAAAUGCUGAAAGCACAUCCAGUGCAACAAGUGACACAGGUGCAAUAACUGGAACAAGUACUGAAACCACACCCAGUGCAACAUCUGAGACAAGUGCUAAAACCACAUCCAGUGCAACAACUGUGACAAAUACUGAACCCCCAUCCAGUGCAAGAACUGAGACGAAUGCUAAAACCACAUUAAGUGCAACAACUAGAACAAGUGCUGAAACCACAGCUGCUGCAAUAACUGAGACAAGUGCUGGAACCACAUCCAGUGCAACAACUGAGACAAGUGCUGGAUCCACAUCCAGUGCAACAACUGUGACAAGUGCUAAAACCAUAUCCAGUGCAACAACUGACACAAGUGCUGGAACCACAUCCAGUGCAACAACUGAGACAAGUGCUGAACCCACAUCCAGUGCAACAACUGGAACAAGUCCUGAGACCACAUCCAGUGAAACAUCUGAGACAAGUGCUAAAACCACAUCUAGUGCAACAACUGUGACAAGUGGUGAACCCACAUCCAGUGCAAAAACUGGAACAAGUGCUAAAACCACAGCUGCUGCAAUAAUUGAGACAAGUGCUGAAACCACAUCCAGUGGAACAACUGAGACAAGUGCUGAAACCACAUCCAGUGCAACAACUGAGACAAGUGCUGGAACCACAUCCAGUGCAACAACUGAGACAAGUGCUGGAACCACAUCUAGUGAAACAACUAAAGCAAGUGCUGGAACCACAUCUAGUGCAACAACUGAGGCAAGUGAUGGAACCACAUCCAGUGCAACAACUGUAAAAAGUGCUGAAACCACAUCCAGUGCAACAACUGAGACAAGUGCUGGAACCACAUCCAGUGCAACAGCUGAGACAAGUGCUGGCACCACAACCAGUGCAACAACUGAGACAAGUGCUGGAACCACAGCUGCUGCAAUAACUGAGACAAGUGCUGGAACCAAAUCUAGUGCAACAACUGAGGCAAGUGAUGAAACCACAUCCAGUGCAACAACUGAGACAAGUGCUGGAACAGCAUCCAGUGCAACAACUGAGACAAGUGCUGGAACCACAUCUAGUGCAACAACUGUGACAAGUGCUGAAACCACAUCCAGUGCAACAACUGAGACAAGUGCUGAACCCAUAUCCAGUGCAACAACUGAGACAAGUGAUGGAACCACAUCCAGUGCAACAACUGACACAAGUGCUGGAACCACAUCCAGUGCAACAGCGGAGACAAGUGCUGGCACCACAUCCAGUGCAACAAGUGAGACAAGUCCUGAGACCACAUCCAGUGCACCAACUGUGACAAGUGCUGGAACCACAUCCAGUGCAAGAACUGGGAUAAAUGCUGAAACCCCAUCAAGUGCCACAACUGAGAGAAGUGCUGAAACCUCAUCCAGUGCAAUAACUGUGACAAGUGCUGAACCCACAUCCAUUGCAACAAAUUUGACAAGUGCUGAAACUACAUCAAGUGCACUAAGUGGAACAAGAGCUGGAACCACAUCCAGUGCAGGAACUGAGACAAAUGCUGAAACCACAUCAAGUGCAUCAACUGAGACAAGUGCUGGAACGACAUUCAGCGCAACAACUGAGACAAGUGCUGAACCCAUAUACAGUGCAACAACUGAGACAAGUGCGGGACCCACAUCCAGUGCAACAACUGGAACAAGUCCUGAGACUACAUCUAGGGCAACAACUGAGACAAGUGCUGGAACCACAUUCAGUGCAACAACUGUGACAAGUGGUGAACCCACAUCCAGUGCAAGAACUGAGACAAAUGCUGAAACCACAUCCAGUACAAAAACUGGAACAAGUGCUAAAACCACAGCUGCUGCAAUAACUGAGACAAGUGCUGAAACCACAUCCAGUGGAACAACUGAGACAAGUGCUGAAACCACAUCCAGUGCAACAACUGAGACAAGUGCUGGAACCGCAUCCAGUGCAACAACUGAGACAAGUGCUGGAACCACAUCUAGUGCAACAACUGAAGUAAGUGCUGGAACCACAUCUAGUGCAACAACUGAGGCAAGUGAUGGAACCACAUCCAGUGCAACAACUGUGACAAGUGCUGAAUCCACAUCCAGUGCAACAACUGAGACAAGUGCUGGAACCACAUCCAGUGCAACAGCUGAGAAAAGUGCUGGCACCACAUCCAGUGCAACAACUGAGACAAGUGCUGGAACCACAGCUGCUGCAAUAACUGAGACAAGUGCUGGAACCAAAUCUAGUGCAACAACUGAGGCAAGUGAUGAAACCACAUCCAGUGCAACAACUGAGACAAGUGCUGGAACCACAUCCAGUGCAACAGCUGAGACAAGUGCUGGCACCACAUCCAGUGCAACAACUGAGACAAGUGCUGGAACCACAGCUGCUGCAAUAACUGAGACAAGUGUUGGAACCAAAUCUAGUGCAACAACUGAGGCAAGUGAUGAAACCACAUCCAGUGCAACAACUGAGACAAGUGCUGGAACAGCAUCCAGUGCAACAACUGAGACAAGUGCUGGAACCACAUCUAGUGCAACAACUGUGACAAAUGCUGAAACCACAUCCAGUGCAACAACUGAGACAAGUGCUGAACCCAUAUCCAGUGCAACAACGGAGACAAGUGAUGGAACCACAUCCAGUGCAACAACUGACACAAGUGCUGGAACCACAUCCAGUGCAACAGCUGAGACAAGUGCUGGCACCACAUCCAGUGCAACAAGUGAGACAAGUCCUGAGACCACAUCCAGUGCACCAACUGUGACAAGUGCUGGAACCACAUCCAGUGCAAGAACUGGGAUAAAUGCUGAAACCCCAUCAAGUGCCACAACUGUGACAAGUGCUGGAACCACAUCCAGUGCAAGAACUGGGAUAAAUGCUGAAACCCCAUCAAGUGCCACAACUGAGAGAAGUGCUGAAACCUCAUCCAGUGCAAUAACUGUGACAAGUGCUGAACCCACAUCCAUUGCAACAAAUGUGACAAGUGCUGAAACUACAUCAAGUGCACUAAGUGGAACAAGAGCUGGAACCACAUCCAGUGCAGGAACUGAGACAAAUGCUGAAACCACAUCAAGUGCAUCAACUGAGACAAGUGCUGGAACGACAUUCAGCGCAACAACUGAGACAAGUGCUGAACCCAUAUACAGUGCAACAACUGAGACAAGUGCGGGACCCACAUCCAGUGCAACAACUGGAACAAGUCCUGAGACUACAUCUAGUGCAACAACUGAGACAAGUGCUGGAACCACAUUCAGUGCAACAACUGUGACAAGUGGUGAACCCACAUCCAGUGCAAGAACUGAGACAAAUGCUGAAACCACAUCCAGUACAAAAACUGGAACAAGUGCUAAAACCACAGCUGCUGCAAUAACUGAGACAAGUGCUGAAACCACAUCCAGUGGAACAACUGAGACAAGUGCUGAAACCACAUCCAGUGCAACAACUGAGACAAGUGCUGGAACCGCAUCCAGUGCAACAACUGAGACAAGUGCUGGAACCACAUCUAGUGCAACAACUGAAGUAAGUGCUGGAACCACAUCUAGUGCAACAACUGAGACAAGUGAUGGAACCACAUCCAGUGCAACAACUGUGACAAGUGCUGAAUCCACAUCCAGUGCAACAACUGAGACAAGUGCUGGAACCACAUCCAGUGCAACAGCUGAGAAAAGUGCUGGCACCACAUCCAGUGCAACAACUGAGACAAGUGCUGGAACCACAGCUGCUGCAAUAACUGAGACAAGUGCUGGAACCAAAUCUAGUGCAACAACUGAGGCAAGUGAUGAAACCACAUCCAGUGCAACAACUGAGACAAGUGCUGGAACCACAUCCAGUGCAACAACUGAGACAAGUGCUGGAACCACAGCUGCUGCAAUAACUGAGACAAGUGUUGGAACCAAAUCUAGUGCAACAACUGAGGCAAGUGAUGAAACCACAUCCAGUGCAACAACUGAGACAAGUGCUGGAACAGCAUCCAGUGCACCAACUGAGACAAGUGCUGGAACCACAUCUAGUGCAACAACUGUGACAAGUGCUGAAACCACAUCCAGUGCAACAACUGAGACAAGUGCUGAACCCAUAUCCGGUGCAACAACUGAGACAAGUGAUGGAACCACAUCCAGUGCAACAACUGACACAAGUGCUGGAACCACAUCCAGUGCAACAGCUGAGACAAGUGCUGGCACCACAUCCAGUGCAACAAGUGAGACAAGUCCUGAGACCACAUCCAGUGCACCAACUGUGACAAGUGCUGGAACCACAUCCAGUGCAAGAACUGGGAUAAAUGCUGAAACCCCAUCAAGUGCCACAACUGUGACAAGUGCUGGAACCACAUCCAGUGCAAGAACUGGGAUAAAUGCUGAAACCCCAUCAAGUGCCACAACUGAGAGAAGUGCUGAAACCUCAUCCAGUGCAAUAACUGUGACAAGUGCUGAACCCACAUCCAUUGCAACAAAUGUGACAAGUGCUGAAACUACAUCAAGUGCACUAAGUGGAACAAGAGCUGGAACCACAUUGAGUGCAGGAACUGAGACAAAUGCUGAAACCACAUCAAGUGCAUCAACUGAGACAAGUGCUGGAACGACAUUCAGCGCAACAACUGAGACAAGUGCUGAACCCAUAUACAGUGCAACAACUGAGACAAGUGCGGGACCCACAUCCAGUGCAACAACUGGAACAAGUCCUGAGACUACAUCUAGGGCAACAACUGAGACAAGUGCUGGAACCACAUUCAGUGCAACAACUGUGACAAGUGGUGAACCCACAUCCAGUGCAAGAACUGAGACAAAUGCUGAAACCACAUCCAGUACAAAAACUGGAACAAGUGCUAAAACCACAGCUGCUGCAAUAACUGAGACAAGUGCUGAAACCACAUCCAGUGGAACAACUGAGACAAGUGCUGAAACCACAUCCAGUGCAACAACUGAGACAAGUGCUGGAACCGCAUCCAGUGCAACAACUGAGACAAGUGCUGGAACCACAUCUAGUGCAACAACUGAAGUAAGUGCUGGAACCACAUCUAGUGCAACAACUGAGGCAAGUGAUGGAACCACAUCUAGUGCAACAACUGUGACAAGUGCUGAAUCCACAUCCAGUGCAACAACUGGAUCCACAUCCAGUGCAACAACUGAGACAAGUGCUGGAACCACAUCCAGUGCAACAGCUGAGAAAAGUGCUGGCACCACAUCCAGUGCAACAACUGAGACAAGUGCUGGAACCACAGCUGCUGCAAUAACUGAGACAAGUGCUGGAACCAAAUCUAGUGCAACAACUGAGGCAAGUGAUGAAACCACAUCCAGUGCAACAACUGAGACAAGUGCUGGAACCACAUCCAGUGCAACAGCUGAGACAAGUGCUGGCACCACAUCCAGUGCAACAACUGAGACAAGUGCUGGAACCACAGCUGCUGCAAUAACUGAGACAAGUGCUGGAACCAAAUCUAGUGCAACAACUGAGGCAAGUGAUGAAACCACAUCCAGUGCAACAACUGAGACAAGUGCUGGAACAGCAUCCAGUGCAACAACUGAGACAAGUGCUGGAACCACAUCUAGUGCAACAACUGUGACAAGUGCUGAAACCACAUCCAGUGCAACAACUGAGACAAGUGCUGAACCCAUAUCCAGUGCAACAACUGAGACAAGUGAUGGAACCACAUCUAGUGCAACAACUGUGACAAGUGCUGAAACCACAUCCAGUGCAACAACUGAGACAAGUGCUGAACCCAUAUCCAGUGCAACAACUGAGACAAGUGAUGGAACCACAUCCAGUGCACCAACUGUGACAAGUGCUGGAACCACAUCCAGUGCAAGAACUGGGAUAAAUGCUGAAACCUCAUCAAGUGCCACAACUGAGAGAAGUGCUGAAACCUCAUCCAGUGCAAUAACUGUGACAAGUGCUGAACCCACAUCCAUUGCAACAAAUGUGACAAGUGCUGAAACUACAUCAAGUGCACUAAGUGGAACAAGAGCUGGAACCACAUCCAGUGCAGGAACUGAGACAAAUGCUGAAACCACAUCAAGUGCAUCAACUGAGACAAGUGCUGGAACGACAUUCAGCGCAACAACUGAGACAAGUGCUGAACCCAUAUACAGUGCAACAACUGAGACAAGUACGGAACCCACAUCCAGUGCAACAACUGGAACAAGUCCUGAGACUACAUCUAGUGCAACAACUGAGACAAGUGCUGGAACCACAUUCAGUGCAACAACUGUGACAAGUGGUGAACCCACAUCCAGUGCAAGAACUGAGACAAAUGCUGAAACCACAUCCAGUACAAAAACUGGAACAAGUGCUAAAACCACAGCUGCUGCAAUAACUGAGACAAGUGCUGAAACCACAUCCAGUGGAACAACUGAGACAAGUGCUGAAACCACAUCCAGUGCAACCACUGAGACAAGUGCUGGAACCGCAUCCAGUGCAACAAAUGAGACAAGUGCUGGAACCACAUCUAGUGCAACAACUGAAGUAAGUGCUGGAACCACAUCUAGUGCAACAACUGAGGCAAGUGAUGGAACCACAUCCAGUGCAACAACUGUGACAAGUGCUGAAUCCACAUCCAGUGCAACAACUGAGACAAGUGCUGGAACCACAUCCAGUGCAACAGCUGAGACAAGUGCUGGCACCACAUCCAGUGCAACAACUGAGACAAGUGCUGGAACCACAGCUGCUGCAAUAACUGAGACAAGUGCUGGAACCAAAUCUAGUGCAACAACUGAGGCAAGUGAUGAAACCACAUCCAGUGCAAGAACUGAGACAAGUGCUGGAACAGCAUCCAGUGCGACAACCGAGACAAGUGCUGGAACCACAUCUAGUGCAACAACUGUGACACGUGCUGAAACCACAUCCAGUGCAACAACUGAGACAAGUGCUGGAACCACAUCUAGUGCAACAACUGAAGCAAGUGCUGGAAUCACAUCUAGUGCCACAACUGAGGCAAGUGAUGGAACCACAUCCAGUGAAACAACUGUGACAAGUGCUGAAACCACAUCCAGUGCAACAACUGAGACAAGUGCUGGACUCACAUCCAGUGCAACAGCUGAGACAAGUGCUGGCACCACAUCCAGUGCAACAACUGAGACAAGUACUGGAACCACAGCUGCUGCAAUAACUGAGACAAGUGCUGGAACCAAAUCUAGUGCAACAACUGAGGCAAGUGAUGAAACCACAUCCAGUGCAGUAACUGAGACAAGUGCUGGAACAGUAUCUAGUGCAACAACUGAGACAAGUGCUGGAACCACAUCUAGUGCAACAACUGUGACAAGUGCUGAAACCACAUCCAGUGCAACAACUGAGACAAGUGCUGAACCCAUAUCCAGUGCAACAACUGAGACAAAUGAUGGAACCACAUCCAGUGCAACAACUGACACAAGUGCUGGAACCACAUCCAGUGCAACAGCUGAGACAAGUGCUGGCACCACAUCCAGUGCAACAAGUGAGACAAGUCCUGAGACCACAUCCAGUGCACCAACUGUGACAAGUGCUGGAACCACAUCCAGUGCAAGAACUGGGAUAAAUGCUGAAACCCCAUCAAGUGCAACAACUGAGAGAAGUGCUGAAACCUCAUCCAGUGCAAUAACUGUGACAAGUGCUGAACCCACAUCCAUUGCAACAAAUGGAACAAGUCCUAAGACCACAUCCAGUGCAACAACUGAGACAAGUGCUGAAACCUCAUCCAGUGCAAGAACUGAGACAAAUGCUGAAACCACAUCCAGUGCAACAAAAGGAACAAGUCCUGAGACCACAUCCAGUGCAACAACUGAGACAAGUGCUGAAACCACAUCCAGUGCAAAAACUGAGACAAGUGCUGAACCCAUAUCCAGUGCAACAACUGAGACAAGUGAUGGAACCACAUCCAGUGCAACAACUGACACAAGUGCUGGAACCACAUCCAGUGCAACAACUGAGACAAGUGCUGAACCCACAUCCAGUGCAACAACUGGAACAAGUCCUGAGACCACAUCCAGUGCAACAUCUGAGACAAGUGGUGAACCCACAUCCAGUGCAAGAACUGAGACAAAUGCUGAAACCACAUCAAGUGCAACGACUGGAACAAUUGCUCAAACCACAGCUGCUGCAAUAACUGAGACAAGUGCUGAAACCAUAUCCAGUGGAACAACUGAGAGAAGUGCUGAAACCACAUCCAGUGCAACAACUGAGACAAGUGCUGGAACCGCAUCCAGUGCAACAACUGAGACAAGUGCUGGAACCUCAUCAAGUGCAACAACUGAGGCAAGUGCUGGAACCACAUCCAGCGCAACAACUGUGACAAGUGCUGAAACCACAUCCAGUGCAACAACUGAGACAAGUGCUGGAACCACAUCCAGUGCAACAGCUGAGACAACUGCUGGAACCACAUCCAGUGCAACAACUGAGACAAGUGCUGGAACCACAUCCAGUGCAACUACUGAGACAAAGGCUGAAACCACAUCCAGUGCCACAACUGAGACAAGUGCUGAACCCACAUCCAGUGCAACAACUGGAACAAGUCCUGAGACCACAUCCAGUGCACCCACUGGGAUAAAUGCUGAAACCACAUCAAGUCUAACAACUGAGACAAGUGCUGAAACCUCAUCCAUUGCAACAACUGUGACAAGUGCUAAAACUACAUCAAGUGCACUAACUGGAACAAGUCCUGAGACCACAUCCAGUGCAACAUCUGAGACAAAUGGUGAACCCACAUCCAGUGCAAGAACUGAGACAAAUGCUGAAACCACAUCAAGUGCAAUGACUGGAACAAGUGCUGAAACCACAGCUGCUGCAACAACUGAGACAAGUACUGAAACCACAUCCAGUGGAACAACUGAGAGAAGUGCUGAAACCACAUCCAGUGCAACAACUGAGACAAGUGCUGGAACCGCAUCCAGUGCAACAACUGAGACAAGUGCUGGAACCACAUCUAGUGCAACAACUGAGGCAAGUGCUGGAACCACAUCUAGUGCAACAACUGAGACACGUGCUGAAACCACAUCCAGUGCAACAAAUGAGACAAGUGCUGGAACCACAUCCAGUGCAACAGCUGAGACAAGUGCUGGAACCACAUCCAGUGCAACAACUGAGACAAGUUCUGAGACCACAUCCAGCGCACCAACUGAGACAAUUGCUGGAACCACAUCCAGUGCAACAACUGUGACAAGUGCUGAACCCACAUCCAGUGCAAGAACUGGGAUAAAUGCUGAAACCACAUCAAGUGCAACAACUGAGACAAGUGCUGAAACCUCAUCCAGUGCAAUAACUGUGAAAAGUGCUGAAACCACAUCAAAUGCAAUAACUGCAGCAAGUACUGAAACCACAUCCAUUGCAAAAACUGUGACAAGUGCUGAAACUACAUCAAGUGCACUUAGUGGAACAAGAGCUGCAACCACAUCCAGUGCAGGAACUGAGACAAAUGCUGAAACCACAUCAAGUGCAUCAACUGAGACAAGUGCUGGAACGACAUUCAGCGCAACAACUGAGACAAGUGCUGAACUCAUAUACAGUGCAACAACUGAGACAAGUGCUGAAACCAUAUCCAGUGCAACAACUGGAACAAGUCCUGAAACCACAUCUAGGGCAACAACUGAGACAAGUGCUGGAACCACAUCCAGUGCAACAGCUGGGAUAAAUGCUGAAACCACAUCAAGUGCAACAACUGAGACAAGUGCUGAAACAUCAUCCAGUGCAAUAACUGUGACAAGUGCUGAAACAACACCAAAUACAAUAACUGCAGCAAGUACUGAAACCACAUCCAUUGCAACAACUGUGACAAGUGCUGAAAAUACAUCUAGUGCACUAAGUGGAACAAGAGCUGGAACCACAUCCAGUGCAGGAACUGAGACAAGUGCUGAAACCAAAUCUGCUGCAAUAACUGGAACAAGUGCUGGAACCACAUUCAGUGCAACAACUGAGGCAAGUGUUGGAACCACAUCCAGUGCAACAACUGUGACAAGUGCUGAAACCACAUUCAGUGCAACAACUGUGACAAGUGCUGAACCCACAUCCAGUGCAACAGUUGGGAUAAAUGCUGAAACCACAUCAAGUGCAACAACUGAGACAAGUGCUGAAACAUCAUCCAGUGCAAUAACUGAGACAAGUGCUGAAACAUCAUGCAGUGCAACAACUGUGACAAGUGCUGAAACCACAUCCAGUGCAACAACUGAGACAAGUGCUGGAACCACAUCCAGUGCAACAACUGAGACAAGUGCUGGAACCACAUCCAGUGCAACAACUGGAACAAGUCCUGAGACCACAUCUAGGGCAACAACUGAGACAAGUGCUGAAACCACAUCAAGUGCAACAACUAGAACCAGUGCUGAAACCACAGCUGCUGCAAUAACUGAUACAAGUGCUGGAACCACAUUCAGUGCAACAACUGAGGCAAGUGUUGGAACCACAUCCAGUGCAAAAACUGUGACAAGUGCUGAAACCACAUCCAGUGCAACAACUGAGACAAGUGCUGGAACCACAUCCAGUGCAACAACUGGAACAAGUCCUGAAACCACAUCCAGUACAACAACUGAGACAAGUGCUGAAACCUCAACCAGUGCAAUAACUGUGACAAGUGCUGAAACCACAUCAAAUGCACUAACUGCAGCAAGUACUGAAACCACAUCCAUUGCAACAACUGUGACAAGUGCUGAAACUACAUCAAGUGCACUAAGUGGAACAAGAGCUGGAACCACAUACAGUGCAAGAACUGAGACAGAUGCUGAAACCGCAUCCAUUGCAACAACUGGAACAAGUUCUGAGACCACAUCCAGUGCAACAACUGAGACAAGUGCUGAACCCAUAUCCAGUGCAAGAACUGGGAUAAAUGCUGAAACUACAUCCAGUGCAACAACUGGAACAAGUCCUGAGACCACAUCCAGUGCAACAACUAAGAUAAGUGCUGAACCCAUAUCCAGUGCAAGAACUGAGACAAAUGCUGACACCACAUCCAGUGCAACAAAUGGAACAAGUCCUGAGACCACAUCCAGUGGAACAACUGUGACAAGUGCUGAAACCACAUCCAGUGCAACAACUGAGGCAAUUGCUGAAACCACAUCAAGUGCAACAACUGAGACAAGUGCUGAAACCUCAACCAGUGCAAUAAUUGUGACAAGUGCUGAAACCACAUCAAAUACAAUAACUGCAGCAAGUACUGAACCCACAUCCAUUGCAACAACUGUGACAAGUGCUGAAACUACAUCAAGUGCACUAAGUGGAACAAGAGCUGGAACCCCAUCCAGUGCAAGAACUGAGACAAGUGCUGAAACCACAUUUGCUGCAAUAACUGGAACAAGUCCUGAGACCACAUCCAGUGCAACAACUGAGGCAAGUGCUGAAACCACAUCUGCUGCAAUAACUGGAACAAGUCCUGAGACCACAUCCAGUGCAACAACUGAGGCAAGUGCUGAAACCGCAUCUGCUGAAAUAACUGGAACAAGUCCUGAGACCACAUCCAGUGCAACAACUGAGACAAGUGCUGGAACCACAUCUAGUGCAACAACUGAGACAAGGGCUGAAGCCACAUCCAGUGCAACAACUGAGACAAGUGCUGGAACCACAUCUAGUGCAACAACUGAGACAAAUGCUGAAACCACAUCCAGUGCAACAACUGAGACAAGUGCUGGAACCACAUCUAGUGCAACAACUGAGACAAGUGCUGAAACCACAUCCAGUGCAACAACUGAGACAAGUGCUGGAACCACAUCCAGUGCAACAAUUGAGACAAGUGCUGGAACCACAUCCAGUGCAACAACUGAGACAAGUGCUGGAACCACAUCCAGUGCAACAACUGAGACAAGUGCUGGAACAAAAUCUAAUGCAACAACUGAGGCAAGUGAUGAAACCACAUCCAGUGCAACAACUGAGACAAGUGCUGGAACAGCAUCCAGUGCAACAACUGAGACAAGUGCUGAAACCACAUCCAGUGCAACAACUGAGACAAGUGAUGGAACCACAUCCAGUGCAACAACUGAGACAAGUGCUGGAACCACAUCCAGUGCAACAACUGAGACAAGUGCUGGAACCACAUCCAGUGCAACAACUGAGACAAGUGAUGGAACCACAUCCAGUGCAACAACUGAGACAAGUUCUGGAACCACAUCCAGUGCAACAACUGAGACAAGUGCUGGAACCACAUCUAGUGCAACAACUGUGAUUAGUGCUGAACCCACAUCCAGUGCAAGAACUGUAACAAGGAGUGAAAGCACAUUGUAUGAUUUCAGUCAUGCACCUACAAUUAGACCCACACUUGAAUCUCUAACUGCAGAACCCAUUAAGGCUCGUAACAUGACAUUCAGAAUAGAAAAUAGAAAAUUUUCAGAAAAUUUGACGAUUCCUUCCUCUGUGGAGUUUCUGGAGCUAAGCAAUGAAAUAAUAAAUUCAACUAAGGCAGCCUUAAGAGCACAAAAUGUCAGGUUUGAAAGUGUGGAGGUUUUGCAUUUCAGAAAUGGCUCAGUAGUUGUCGAGCUUUUUAUAAAAUUUCAAAAUGGUACCGAAGCUCCGCUUAGCUCGGAGCUGAUUCAAGCUGUCAGGAACUUUUUGACAAACAGUUCAUUCCUUGGAGAUCUACAGCUGGAUGUUUUAAGCAUUGAGUCAGAUGGUAGCUUCAGGGAUGUUCUCUACAUCUUGCAGCAACUAAGCAUAGUGACUCUAUGGUGA